AUGGUUUCAUUGAAACGACCAAAGAAAUCUUUGGUGGUCGCCGGGAUCGUUAUUAUUUUGAAUUUGCUCGUCAUUAAUAAAGUAUCUCAAAACGAUUGGGAUAUUCAACGGGCGGAUAGUCACUAUGGCAACCAAUCGUCCACAUCACAGGAUCAUCUCAAUCAAAGGUCACAUAUUUCAGAUCUAUUACCAGUGAAUGUUACGUUUUCCCUGAUGUCUACAACCGAUUCCUCCUCGAUUGAUUUGAGGUGUCCGGUAGAAUUCGCUCCCCCGCGAAGCCGCCCUCUCGUGGCCCUGGCUAGCGCUCCUGGUUCUGGUAGUACGUGGACACGUCAUCUGAUAGAACAAGCCACUGGUAUAUAUACCGGAAGUGCCCUUGGGUGCCAUGUCGCCCUCAAGCAGGCCGGUUUCCUUGGAGACUGUGUGGACUACUUUUCCGGUACUACGAUAGUUGGGAAAGUUCACAAAACUGGGAAAAAGAAUCUGUUUGAUUCUAUUAUUUUGUUAAUUCGUAAUCCGUACCAUUCCCUGCAGUCUGAGUUUAACAGACACCAAGCUGGGAAGACUGGGUUCGCACAUCCGUCUGAUUUUCAUACUCCAGAGUGGAGGGAUUUCGUACGAGUUGCCUCAAACGGAUGGGAGAAUAAAGUCACUGUGUAUCUGAAAACAACUAAGCCGCUUUUAGUAGUACACUACGAAGCCCUCAAAGAAGACCCUGUGAAAGAAUUGAAAAAAGUUCUUUCAUUUUUAGAUCUACCGUUCGACGAAUACAGACAAGAAUGUGUCAGAAAUAAUUUAGAAGGAUCAUUUCACAGACCCGAAAAUAACACUUUGAACUUUGACCCAUAUACUGACGCCAUGCGCACCAAUAUUGAAAGACGGAUCAUCAGGGUCAAUAAGAUCCUGUAUGAUAAAGGACUGAGGUUAGUUGACACGGCAACAUCCUGGUAAAACAGUUGCCAUGGAUACGUGGCGCUGAUGGAGACUAUUAUUGGGGAUCAAAGGAUGAUGUCUGUGAUCCGAUCAUGACUGACGCCUUCGAUCACCAUUUAAAAUAACAUGGAUAUAAUCAAUGUUUGUAUCAUAAUGGUUAUUUCAAUAUUAUAAUACAUUAUGCCAAAAUAAACUGCUUCAAAGUUCAAAUUUGCACUUGACACAUGUGAAAUAAAGGUAACAUUUUAAAUGUCAUUGACAGUAGAGAGCAAGAGUCACGAUUUGCGAGGUAAAACCACAGUCCCUCCCUUCCACGUGGCUGUCUC